UUCCUCGUAAAAUUUUCCGCACUCUGCUACGCUACAUUCUACGCAAGUAGUAUGUCGUUGCUGUUGUGACGUGUUAUAUAUUUUUUUUUUCAAGAAAAUAUUUGGCGGGUGUUGCGUGCGGUGGAAAAGACGGCGCAAAAAACGGCAGAAAAUGAUGCAGGAUGAAGACUUGGGUGGUUCAGUGAGAAGAAAUGUCUUUAGUCAAGGGAUAAUAAGAAUAUCACAGAUAUAUCAGCGAUACUUGGAUCAAUGGACUCCCCACGUAAUAUCGCGAUGGAUAUUUGCUUUAUUCCUAUUAGUACUUUUUAUUCUACGUGUAUUUAUCUCUCAAGGGUGGUAUAUCGUCACGUACGCUCUAGGAAUCUAUCACCUCAAUUUAUUCAUAGCAUUCCUUACUCCAAAAAUUGAUCCUGCCAUGGAUUUUGAUGAUGGAGAAGGUCCAGAGUUACCUACAAGAUCAAACGAAGAGUUCAGGCCAUUCAUUAGAAGAUUACCUGAAUUUAAAUUUUGGUACUCUGUUACAAGAUCUACGGUCGUUGCCAUGAUAUGUACCCUAUUCGAUUGCUUUAACAUACCAGUAUUUUGGCCGAUACUUGUUAUGUAUUUCAUAACACUGUUUUGUAUCACAAUGAAGCGGCAAAUCAAGCAUAUGAUCAAGUACAGGUAUCUGCCUUUCACCCAUGGCAAACCGAAAUAUCAGAACCAUGAAGACAUUCGCGGUUAAUAUCGUCAAAAUAAAUGCAAGUAAAGAAUAUAUUGUGCCUGUACAGGAGGGAGGAGACAUCGUGAGCGUGUACAUUUUUAUUUCUCCCAGUACAGGGCGAGGAAUACUAGCGAGAAGAGAAAGAGAAAUCGAAAUUUUUUUUAUGCCAUUAAAGGAAAAGGAUAUUGCCUUGUACAAGAAAGGAUCGAGUCCUCGGAAGGACUUGUAACUCUAAAAUAUACAAUGUAUGGUAUAUAAACUGGAGUAUCUUAAUAUAUUUGUAUCAUAAAACUUGUACAAAAUAUUGUUAGUUCUUAUCUCAUUAAAAAAAAAAAAGUGAGGAAAAGAAAUAAUAUGGUCACAUCCGAUAUCGAAUGCAGUUGUCAACGUAGACGAGUGUAACAAGUUCAUAUACACAUAAACGAUUUCUUUACUUGACGGGUGCUUUCCAUUUAAUUUGCCGUCUCCAUCUCUCUCGAUAUCUCAAAUCACUUAAUUUUACUUAGGGAAUCUACCAAAAUAUCGAAAAAAAAGUUAAUUUUACUCGUUAAAUUACAUGGAAAUGUAUCUCUAGAAUGUACUUAUAUGUACGCGAAUAUAUCUGGGAAUAUACGUAUAAUAAAAUCAAUUCAUCUCUC